AUUCACUGUGAAAUGGAAAAUCGAAACGAGCAAAUCUCUUAUCUUAAUGGUCGUUUUCAAUGUUAUUCAAUUGAUAUUUACGAAGAUACUACUACUAAUACUAUUAGUAGUAUUAAUAAUAAUAAUAAUCAUACUAUUACAGAACCUGAAAUCGAUACAACCAACCAUAUUGAUGAUGAUGAUGACGCUGUCAGUAACGAUGACAAUGAUAUGAACACUGAAUCCCACCCACUACUGUCCAUGAAAUAUUUCCUAUCGAAAUGGUCCAAGAAAGCGUUAAUCGAUCAAGAAUUUAUUGAAGAAGAUGAUAAUGCUGGUCCAGAUACAUUCAGUGAUACAUUACUGACAUAUAUUACUAGUAAAGCCAAUCAAUAUGGUUGUGAAGAUAUUCGUUAUGAUUGGUGUGGACAACCGAUUUUCAAUGGUCUACCACCGCAACCACUGCAACCACUAGCAGCCGAACUUUCAAUAAAUAAUGAUAAUCAGCGCGAAAAUUAUUCCAUUUGUCAUCGUUGUCAUGCAGAACGUGUAUUUGAAUUACAACUGUUUGCUACAAUAAAUAAUUCAUUGAAAUUUAUGCCUACAGAAUUACAUAAUCAAGAGGUUGACACAGUGAAUGUGAAUUGGUUAUUGAAUAUUGUCACUGUAUUAAUAUUUACAUGUCGUAAUUCAUGUUGGUCACAAACACCAUCAACAGCAGAUGAUGACGGUGAUGAUUGGGUGGAAGAAUGUGUUAUUGUUCAAACUGAUCAAAAUGUUACCAAAAUAAUUCAUCCAUCUUCGUAGGUGUACUAUAAAAUGAAUGAUUCAUUUAGAAUUAUGUAUAUGAUAUUAUUUUUUGUAUAUAUAUAUAUCUGUCUGUCUAUCUGUCUAUCUUAUUGAUUUUAGAAUAUGUGUCGAUGAUACAAUUCUAUUCGGUGAAGAUGUUGACAGAAUGCAGAGUCUUCUCACUACUCUAAGUAAGCAACAAUACAAGCAUGUUCGGGAUACGGUUGUCACCCUUGAAAUGCUAAAUGUUGCUUCAAGAUUGGGUUGGAUCGGUAGCUGAACUAGUGAUAGGGAGUGAAGUAGUCGAGCGUGUUGAUCGCUUCACUUAUCUUGGGAGUCUCAUCAGUGCUGAUGGCCUGGUGACUGACGAAAU